AUGGCACCGUUUCUUACGUCUUCACAAUCAAAGAAGGCAGAUAUCUGGAUUGAAAUGAUGAUUGCAAAAAAUCUCCAUGAAAUUGUAUUUGCUAAAACAUCAGAGUCACCUUUUCAGGCUACCUGCACUACUAAAAAGGUGUAUAAUGAUAAAUGUAAAUUAAUACGUUUUGGACAUGAUUUAAAAAAUAAAAUGCUUGAUAAACUUAUUGAGAAGAAAUACAUAUAUUUGUCUGAUUGGAAGAACAUCUGUAAUGAUAUUCGUAAAGCUGAAUUGUUGUUGUUCCAAGCUUAUAAAGCGAAGCUCAAAGUUCUCAUCUUAGAUUGUCCAGCACACCCUUUAUGUCACGUAAGAGAAGUAUUUGAUUUAGAUAUUCUGUAUAAGAAAGUGGUGAUAGAAGAAUUUAAGCCAUUUAUUCAGGCUUUAUAG